UCUGGCGUGCUGCAGCAGACUGAGUGCUCGCAGAAAAAAGGGUUAUCUGGAAAGGCGCAUGGAAAGUCGCACGGCACAAUCCUGGCGCAUACACCCUGCUGCAAGGCUGUGGAUAUGGGCCUAUUGAAAUAUGCAAUCUUCCGAACAUGCAUUAGCCUAAAUGCGGAUUCUUUUGACAGAUAUUGGACAAUGUUUUAUUGACGACCGAAGGGAGUUGUCCGGAUUUGUUUUGCACUUUUAGUCACCUAAACGUCGCAUUGAUCGCGGUUCAUCCUCAAGUGCAAUUGGGGAGUCGGGGCUAUGAAGUUGACAUAAACGCAUGUAGCACACCCCCUUGACUGUUUCUCUGCCGAGGAGAUUUGUUGGUUGUAUUUUACUUGGUGUUGUCGCAAGGCGAGGUUUCUUUUCUUUCCUAAUCCAUUCCUAAAGAAUCAUGUCAUCUCAUACCAGAGUCAAGAAGGACAAGGAGAUUAUCGGGGAAUACGAGACUCAAGUGAAAGAGAUCCGUAACCAGUUGGUGGAACAAUUCCGUUGUCUUGAGCAACAGUCAGAGUCCCGGUUACAGCUGCUGCAGGAUCUGCAGGAAUUCUUCCGUCGCAAGGCUGAGCUACAGCUGGAGUAUGCCAGAGGCCUGGACAAACUGGCAGAGCGGUUCACCUCCAAAAUACGCUCCUCCAGGGAACACCAGCACUUUAAGAAGGACCAAAACCUGCUGUCGACAGUGAACUGCUGGUACCUGGUUCUGAACCAGACAAGGAGAGAGAGCAGAGACCAUGCUACACUCAGCGACCUCUACAACAACAAUGUUAUUGUUCGUUUGGCACACGUUGGGGAGGAUGUCAUUAGACUCUUCAAAAAGAGCAAAGACAUUGGUGUGCAGAUGCACGAGGAGUUGGUGAAAGUCACAAAUGAGCUCUACACUGUGAUGAAGACGUAUCACAUGUACCACACAGAGAGCAUCGCUGCCGAGGGCAAGCUCAAGGAGGCUGAGAAACAGGAAGAGAAGCAGAUCGGCAAGGUCAACGAUGUCACUACCAGCCUCCUUCGCCCUGACGACCGCCCACAGCGACGCAGCUGCAUCAAGAAAAUGGAGAAGAUGAAAGAGAAGAGACAAGCCAAGUACUCUGAAAACAAGCUGAAGUGCACUAAAGCGCGGAACGACUAUUUGUUGAAUCUGGCUGCAACCAAUGCUCUGGUGGCCAAAUAUUACAUCCAUGAUGUGUCCGACAUGAUAGAUUGCUGUGACCUGGGCUACCAUGCCAGCCUGGCGCGGUCCCUGAGGACCUAUCUGUCUGCGGAGUAUAGCCUGGAGACGUCUCGCCAUGAGGGGCUGGACCAGCUGGAAGGGGCUGUGGACGCUAUGGAUGUUAGGGGGGACAAACACAGAGUCAUGGACAUGUACAGCCAGAUUUUCUGCCCGCCGGCACGCUUUGACUACCAGCCACACAUGGGUGAUGAGGUGUGCCAGUUGAGUGCCCAGCAACCGGUGCAGACAGAGCUCCUGAUGCGUCAUCACCAGCUCCAGUCCCGACUGGCCACUCUCAAGAUUGAGAAUGAGGAGGUGAGGAAGACCCUGGACGCCACCAUGCAGACACUGCAAGACAUGCUGACGGUGGAGGACUUCGACGUGUCCGAGGCUUUCCAGCACAGCCAGUCCACCGAGUCAGUCAAGUCCGCCUCUUCCGACUCCUACAUGAGCAAGAUCAAUGUUGCUAAGAGACGAGCCAACCAGCAGGAGACCGAGGGCUUCUACUUCACUAAAUUUAAAGAGUACCUGAAUGGCAGCAACCUCAUAGUGAAACUACAGGCUAAGCAUGACCUACUAAAGCAGACGCUGGGAGAAGGGGAAAGGGCUGAAUAUGGAACAACCAGGGGAAGACGGAAUGCCCGCGCCCGCAGCCAGGACUCUGGACAGGCCAUUCCAGUAGUGGUUGAGAGCUGUGUCCGCUACAUUAAUCUAUACGGCCUUCAGCAGCAGGGCAUAUUCAGGAUUCCUGGUUCCCAGGUUGAAGUAAAUGAUAUAAAAAAUUCCUUUGAGAGAGGUGAGGACCCAUUGGUAGAUGAUCAGAGUGAUCAUGACAUCAUGGCAGUAGCGGGGGUCCUAAAACUGUACUUCAGGGGGCUGGAGAACCCGCUGUUCCCUAAGGAACUGUUCCUUGACCUCAUGUCUACUAUCAAAGUUGACUCUGGUGCAGAGAGAGCUCACCACCUUCAGCAGAUCAUUUUGACUCUUCCUCGUCCAGUCAUCAUUGUCAUGAGAUACCUGUUUGCAUUCCUCAACCAUCUUUCCCAGUACAGUGAUGAGAACAUGAUGGAUCCCUAUAACCUGGCCAUCUGCUUCGGCCCCACCCUGAUGCCCAUACCAGACCACCACGAUCCUGUCACCUGCCAGACGCACGUCAAUGAGAUCAUCAAGACCAUCAUCGUCCACAACGAGGUCAUCUUCCCCAGCCACCACGAGCUGGAUGGGCCCGUCUAUGAGAAGUGCAUGACUGGAGGGGAGGAGUACUGUGACAGUCCCCAUAGCGAGACCGGUGCCGUCGAUGAAGUGGACAACGGGACGGAACCUCACACCAGUGACGAUGACCUGGAGCAGAUCGAGGCCAUUGCCAGGUUUGACUACGUGGGCCGCACCCCCCGGGAGCUGUCCUUCAAGAAGGGGGCGUCACUCCUGCUGUACCUGAGAGCCUCGGACGACUGGUGGGAGGGACGACACAACGGAGUGGACGGACUCAUCCCACACCAGUACAUCGUGGUGCAGGACCUGGAUGAUGCAUUCUCAGACAGUCUGAGUGGAAAGGCUGAAAGUGGACCCCACCAGGAAGACAGAGACCGGACCUCAUCCAGAAACCAUGACCGCAGCUCCCCCUGCGAACACACACAACACACCCCUGAACACCGCUAUGGACCUGCUCUGGGGAGGGUCAGGGUUCGUUCAGACAGCGCUGCCAUCCCGCGCCGCAGGAGUACCACCGACACCCACAGCCCAACCCGAGGUAUGGACACACCUCCUAAGGUCAUGCCCCGCCCAUGCAGCCCCCACAAGAUGGCCGUCAGCAGAGCCCGCAUGGACAGUCCUGAGAAACGCCAUCUCAGUACGUUUGGCAGCGCAGGAAGUAUUAAUCACCCGGAGAGGAAGUGCUUCCCUGAUGGCCCUGUCCUCAGACCCUCCCCUGGCUCCACCCGCCACGGUAGUCUUGGAGACCACAAAUCCCUGGAAGCUGAGGCCCUGGCAGAGGACAUAGAGAAGACCAUGAACACUGCUCUGCAUGAGCUGCGUGAGCUGGAGCGUCAGAACGUGGCUAAGCACCCUCCAGACGUGGUCCUGGACACCCUGGAGCCCCUGAAGCAGCAGCACUCCUCCUGCCCUGGGCCUGGGUCCACACCCGAGCCCUCUGGUAGCCCCCUCCACGCCAACACCAUGGCCAUCCGGGACCCUGAGGCCGCUCUGCGUCGCAGCAGCAGCUCCUCGUCCUCCGAGACCAUGAGCACCUUCAAACCGUCCCUGAGCGCGCGCAGGCCUAGCGCCCCAUUGAGGCCGCCACCAGUCAGACCCCUCCGCCCCGCUCCCGUUCACCCAGGACAUGGCCAAGGACAGGGGCGCGGACAGGGAGGGCAAGGGGGGCAAAGGUCCAGCAGUUCUAGCUCCUCAGGCCUGGGCAGUCCAGCCUCUGUCACCCCCACAGACAGGGUGUUCCCCAAGGCUCCGUCCCCAUCCCCCUCCACAUCGUCCUCGUCCUCAGACAAGCAGGGUAACAUGUAGCCCGGCUCCGUCUUCAUCCCCCUCCACGUCGUCCUCGUCCUCAGACAAGCAGGGUAACAUGUAGCCUGGCUUUGUCCCCAUCCCCCUCCACGUUGUCCUCAGACAAGCAGGGUAACAUGUAGCCUGGCUUUGUCCCCAUCCCCCUCCACGUUGUCCUCAGACAAGCAGGGUAACAUGUAGCCUGGCUCCGUCCCCAUCCCCCUCCACAUCGUCCUCGUCCUCAGACAAGCAGGGUAACAUGUAGCCUGGCUUUGUCCCCAUCGUCCUCCACAUCGUCCUCGUCCUCAGACAAGCAGGGUAACAUGUAGCCUGGCUUUGUCCCCAUCGUCCUCCACAUCGUCCUCGUCCUCAGACAAGCAGGGUAACAUGUAGCCUGGCUUUGUCCCCAUCGUCCUCCACAUCGUCCUCGUCCUCAGAAAAGCAGGGUAACAUGUAGCCUGGCUUUGUCCCCAUCGUCCUCCACAUCGUCCUCGUCCUCAGACAAGCAGGGUAACAUGUAGCCUGGCUCAGCAGGCCGCUGCAGUCACAGGCAGAGCCCAGGGACCGUAGCUACGACAGGCUUGGCAGGCUGCAGCCACAGCCCAGCACAGGAGCUGUCAUGGGGACUGACUAGACGGGGCUCAGCCUGAUCACAGCCCGGGAGGUGCAGUUGGGGGAGACUCAGCAGUGCACACGGACCGAUUGCCAUCAGCGUCUCCCUCGUUUCUGCAGUGAAAGACACACUGACACAACGUGAAUAACAUUGACUGUCUAGGUUGGGUUCAACGCGGAAUGAAAGCUGGCUGUUUGGUUUAUUGACCGCUAAACGUCCACUGGCGUUGGUGAUCUGCUUGUCAGUGUAGAUGAUUCAAAACUCAGAAGCAUAAUCCCUACCAUGUUUAUUAUUCUAGAUGCUGUUACUAAAUUCCAUAGAACAGACCUGAUCAAAGGGUUGCACUGGAUAACUACUUGUUAACUGUUCUAACCAUGUAAUAUGUAACAAUAUAAUAAAGAAUAUGGCUAUAGCCUGCUAGUUUAUGUGAAGAAAAAAUGUAAGAUUGAUGUCAGUGAGAAGGGAGUGUAAAACUAGCAUCUUGUUGAUCUGAAGUUACUAUGUCUAAUUACUGUCUUCAUACAGUACUAAGUCUAAUUACUGUCUUCAUACAGUAUUAAGUCUAAAUACAAUCUCUCAGUCUUUUCUUUAUAUAUCUAUCCAUCUAUCUGUCUGUCUGUCUAGAUAGCUAGCUAGCUAUAUCUAUCUAUCCUGAGAUUACAUAACUGUGAUACCUCAAGGACAAACACCUUUUCCUAACCCAAACAACUAUACUAAAGAAAAGAAUGCAUUGAUCUGAUGUGGUUGUUUUCUGUGAGCCUGUACUAGUUGAUCUUGCUUACUGUAUGUAUGUUGAUGCAGUUACAUGUAUGAAGACAUAUGAGAACACGUGUGUAACAGGGUUAGUUUUCAUUUUACAACCCUGUUUCCAGAAAAGUUGCGACGCUGCGUAAAAUGUAAAGAAAAACAGAACGCAAUGAUGUGCAAAU